CAACAUUAAACUAUGACAUACAUUUAAUCUCUUCACAACAGAAAAUGGCAUGGAUAUUAACAUUUGUUGGUUGAUUUUGACAAUCAAGUGAACAAGGUACAACAUUAUUUCAUCACACUGAUCGUACAUUACAGUGUGUUUCUGCAGACACCAUUUCCCGUUAAUAGGCCGGCUCACGGUUACUUAAGGAUAUACUGCAUAACAAUAGCUGUCAACUGAAUUGUACACCAAAUAAAAGUGUAUUUGUUUAUUGGCAAUGGAUAAUAGUAUUUGCACAAAUAAUCAGUAUCACCUCCAGCCCUUCCCGUAUUAACAUGUUGUAGGGGAGGGCUAGAGAUGGAUGUGUGUAAUACUUCGGCAAUCGUUGAUGACCAAAUGGUAGCCAGCUACUGUGACUAUAAUACACAUUUGUUUCUUAAAUUUAGUUUGAUUAUUCUCCAGUCCAGUGAUGACAUUAAACUUACAUGUUCAUAACCAGUACCAUGCUAUACCGAAGAAACCCGACGCCUCUAUGUGAAACGAACCUGCCUUGUACUUUCUUGUGGUGACGUAGAGCAAAGUGUGUGCCCACGUUAGUACAACUCAGCAAUAUUCACAAUAGAUUAUCGGCCAAAACAAAAUCUAUACCCAUUAAACAGGAUCUUAAAACUGUGUUUGUGUGGACAUUAUAAUUGUUGUAUGAUCUAAUACAUUUAAAUUCAAAUUUUACAGUGCUCUAAUACUUCAAUAUGUCGGUGAAAAAUUCAAGUCACGUUUUGAGUCAACUACGGGCACUGAUGAAGAACAUGGCCUAUGUGACAGAACCACUACAGGCCUACAUUAUACCGACUGGAGACUACCACCAGAGUGAAUAUGUUGCCCCCUGUGACCAUCGACGAGCCUUUGUGUCGGGAUUUACUGGGUCAGCAGGUACGGCUGUGAUAACAGACAAAAAGGCGGCUCUGUGGACAGAUGGACGGUAUUACUUACAGGCAGAAAAACAGCUGGAUAAUAACUGGAUUCUUAUGAAGGAUGGACUAACAGAUACACCCACACAAGCUGCAUGGCUUAGUAAGAUUCUGCCUGUUGCCAGUAAAGUGGGCGUUGAUCCAUUUCUACUUUCUGUCGAGAGAUGGAAACCAUUAGCCAAAGAGUUGAAAUCAAAUGGACAUGUCCUGAUACCAGUGACAGAAAACUUGGUAGACCUGAUGUGGAAGGAUCGGCCGGAACCUCCAAAUAAUCCACUUAUUGUUCUAUCACAAAAAUAUACAGGACUGAGCUGGCAGGACAAAGUGAAGAAAGUGCGAGACAAGAUGCACACAAAGGACGUGGGGGCCAUCGUUAUUACAGCCCUCGACGAGGUGGCCUGGUUAUUCAACCUCCGAGGGUCUGACAUUGAGUACAACCCAGUCUUCUAUGCGUACGCUAUGGUUACGUUUGAUGGAGUUUACUUGUUCAUUGAUGAGAGUAAGCUGGAUAACAGUGUGAACAGCCAUCUGUGUGUUGGUGCAACGUUAUCCACAGACAGUGAAAUCACUGUGGAGAUCCACCCAUACGAAGACGUCAACAGUUUCAUCACAUGUCACGCGGAAGUAACUGACAGAAAGAUUUGGAUCAGUGAAAAAUCUAGUUACGGAAUUACUAAUUUGAUACCAAAACCUGUCCGGUUGACUCAGACAUCAGCAGUUGCUGUGCUCAAGUGUGUGAAGAAUGAGACGGAGAUCAAGGGAGCUAAGAAAGCUCACGUCAAAGAUGCGGUAGCGAUGUGUGAGUUCAUGCACUGGUUAGAGAACGAGGUGCCCAAGGGGACAGUGACUGAAAUUUCUGCAGCAGAUAAAGUGGCUAAACUUAGGAGUCAGCAAGAUGAGUUCAUGAGCCUCAGCUUUGACACCAUCUCCAGUAUUGGGGCUGAUGCUGCAAUAAUACAUUACAAACCAACACCCGAGAGUGACAAACCCAUAACUACAGAUCAGAUCUACCUCUGUGACUCUGGUGCCCAGUACAAGGAUGGUACUACGGACAUAACAAGGACAAUACAUUUGGGAACUCCAUCAAAAUAUGAACAGGAAUGCUUUACCCGUGUUUUGAAAGGCCACAUCAAACUGUCAACAACAGUUUUUCCAAAUGGUAUCAAAGGUCACAAUCUGGACUCACUGGCAAGAACUGCAUUGUGGGACGUUGGUUUGGAAUAUCUACAUGGCACUGGGCAUGGUGUUGGCUCUUUUCUGAAUGUCCAUGAAGGUCCCUGUGGUAUUAGUCCGAAGGUUUCUGCUGGUGAAAUUCCACUGGAGGCAGGAAUGAUCUUGUCGGAUGAGCCUGGCUAUUACGAAAACGAAAAGUUUGGAGUGAGGAUAGAGAACUGUGUUCUUGUCGUCAAAACAGAGACCAAGUAUAAUUUUCAAAAGCGAGGUUUUCUCACGUUUGAGCCACUAACACUCGUCCCAAUGCAGACCAAGAUGAUAGACCCAUCUUUACUAACCCAGCAAGAGAUUGACUGGUUGAACGAUUAUCACGACACGUGUCUGCAGCUAGUCGGUGAGGAACUGAAAUCCCAGGGCAAAACCCAAGUCCUCAAGUGGCUCAAGGCUAACACACAAUCACUUGGAUGAUAGCAACAAAUGUAUCAAAUGAAAGACAUAACUGUUUUUAUCCAUUAACGUCAUUUUUACGACCAAAGUAGAUGUGAACAUUGUUUUAUCUCUGUGAUAAAACUUUAAUUUUUUAUGUAUGUGCAAGACUAUGUAUAAUGAGAAUAGUUUGAGAAAGUAGAACGUGGCUAUAAAAUCAUGAAUGAUAAUUAUUAGUUUAUGUUUUUUUUUAAACUGAAAAAUAUUUCAGUCAUUAAAAUAAGCAGAACAAAAGUUAAGAGUAGCCCCGUUCGACAAAUCCACUAGCCAGUCCUUGAUUUUUGAAAAUUAUAGGCGAGUGGAAAAUUGCACACCUCAGUAUGCUAAGGCAAGUGAAAAAUCACUCUCUAAAAUAAAUAAAAUAGGCAGUGUAGCUCUCUGAUUGGAUUUUGACUGGUACGUCUACAAAAUUGUCUAUUAAACCAGUAUUUCCCGAUUUGUUCAACAAAGAGAAAUACCAUUUUAACGACUGCAUGGAAGCCACUGUCAUGUUUUUAAUAUUAAAUUUGUUUCAAUAAAAGGACCUUCCUAUCAGCUAAAUGAGCUAUGAAAACUGUUGAUUUUUGUGAACAGUAGAAAUAAAUAUACCUAUUUUACGUGCGCCGUUUGUUCAGUGUAACGUGCACCGUUUUACACACUCGUCAAACUGAAAUUACUUGCGCUGUACGAAUGCGAUCGCACCCGUCACCUUAAAAAGCAAGGUCACACUAGCCCGUGGUCCCUGCUAGUGAAUUUUUGGAUUGGGCUAGUGGAAAUCAUCAACUGUAUUACUAUAAUACAUAGGGCACUAGCCAAAGCCUUUGUGAUGGCUAGUAACUUUCUCAAACAUUUGUCAUACUCUGGGGUAGGCAGUCGGGGCAGAUUUGUGGAAACUCAUCCAGUUAACCGGGAACAUUUUGUUCAGCUUCGCGUUGCGAUUCACUACGCAAGUUGAUUUCAGAAAUCGCUACACAAUUUUAAAACCUUAAACAGUAGUUGUUAAUCAGUGUUAAUUUGACUAGAAAUACUGCUAAUCAAGAUUUUUACAGCAAAUAUUCCCUGGUUACCAUGGAGCACCGUAGAUACAAAACUCAUGGCAGUGAUUUGGUGUCUUUUACCCAUAUCUGAAAGUUUUAUAUUUGGGUUUGUUUUCGUCUUUUCAUUCAUAACUUGGUUAUAUGGGGAAAGACAGAAGUAGAUAUCAUGUGAAUCCGGAUCAAAAAUCAAGAACAAAAGAACCUUUCAUGCAUUAAUUACCUCUGUCUACACUGGAUUGGGAUUUGACUGAACGACGGGCUGCUUAAUUAGUUGAACAAUGAUUGUCAAUUGCCACGUAGUCAGGACGCCAUCGCAAGAUCAAAUGCAAAAUGUAAUCGCACUCAUGUGAAGUUUACUCUUAUUGCGGUAUAGAUCAAUCGGAUUAAUAUUAGUGUGUGUGUUGAUACCUAACUGAUUUCACAUUUGCUAUUUAAAUAAAUAGAAUAUUUGUUUAUUCGAUAUAGUUCAUUCAGUCAAUGUGACACUUGUUAAAACAACGAACUCUGUGUGCUAUUUGAUGUGUAUUAAAUCUAUAAAAAAAUUUGUCGAUCAUUCAAGAACCAUAACUCUGGAUGAACUCUGUCUAAAACGAUCCUCUAUGUAAACCGGACUGUUUCGACGGUACGAAGUGAGUCCGGUUUAGACAAGAGUCCACUGUACAUUGUUGAUACAGACAAGGUCACUGUUGACAAAAUAUGCACAAGCUUUUAACCCUAAUUUGUCCUUUGUUCUGAUAGUUGAUUGUAAACUGCAUGAGCGGUUCCAUAACAUGUUCGUCCCUCCAUACCAUAAUAAAAUAUAAUUAUAAAUUUAA